AUGGCGCCCGUCAUGUACAGCAGUGGCCAGCCAGGCACGUAUCCUCCAAGUUGACACGUACGCGGACACACGGAGCGGACUCUGCGGGCCACAGGAACAUGUUUGCAGGCAGAGGGGAACCCGGGUGGGGUCGGACACUGAGGACAUAGCUGGAACAUCAAACUCUAGCAUCUUGGAACAUCACUGCUUCCGUAGACACUUUGCACAGAAAUGGCCAAAGAGCAGAUGGAAAGCAGGGCAGAGACAUUAUCUCUGGCUGGAUCUAAUGGUCACAAUGGCCAACAAGGGCAGGCUAGCAUGAAUAACAUGACCAAUCACCCGCUAGGAGCCAACCACAAGUCGAAGAUGUCCCGCGUCUCCUCACAUGUCAGGCUGAAGUGUGCUGCCUACGUGCUGGCGCUGAGGCCGUGGAGCUUCAGUGCCUCCCUCACGCCGGUGGCCCUCGGCAGCGUCCUGGCGUAUAAACUUGAUGGCUCUGUGGACUUGGUCAUCCUGCUGGUGUGUGCGGUGGCCGUCCUCGUAGUCCACGGGGCAGGCAACCUUGUGAACACCUACUAUGACUUCUCCAAAGGGAUUGACCACAAGAAGAGCGACGAUAGGACUCUAGUGGACGAAAUUCUGGCCCCGCAGGAUGUUGUCAUGUUUGGAGCGUUGUUGUAUUCGUUGGGGUGUCUGUGUGCCACCCUGCUCUUCUUCCUGUCCACACUCAGACUGGAGCAUCUAGCUCUUAUUUACUUUGGGGGACUAUCCAGCUCUUUUUUAUACACUGGAGGCAUCGGCCUCAAGUACGUGGCACUAGGGGACGUGGUAAUCCUCAUUACAUUCGGCCCUCUGGCCGUCAUGUUUGCCCACGCAGUACAGGUGGGAUACCUCUCAGUGCUGCCGCUAGUGUACGCCGUCCCGCUGGCGCUCAACACAGAGGCCAUCCUCCACAGCAACAACACCAGAGACAUGGACUCUGACAAGCAGGCAGGCAUCGUCACCCUGGCCAUCCUCAUAGGUCCUACGCUCUCCUAUGUCCUCUACAACUUCCUGCUCUUCGUCCCCUAUGUGCUUUUCUGCAUCCUCGCCACCCGUUACACCAUCAGCAUGGCGCUGCCUCUGCUCACGCUGCCAAUGGCCUUCCCCUUGGAGAGGCAGUUCCGCAGCCGAUACUAUGCCAAGAUCCCCCAGAAGACGGCCAAGCUCAACCUCCUCAUGGGACUUUUCUAUGUGUUCGGAAUCAUUCUGGCACCUCCUGGUAGCUUGCCAUUACUGUGAUUCUCUAGGUUUGAUAUUUCGAUUUUGUUGUUUUAACACAGACUAGUUUAUGUAUCUCCUUGUAUUUGUACAAAUCUAUCUGAAGACUUUCACUGGCUUUAAUUUAUUGUCUAAUUUAUACGUGGAGCAGAGAUUUAGUUGAGGUCCUCUGUGACACUGAAAGCCUAAUCCUUUUUGUUUCAGUAUUAAGCCACAUGUCGGUAAAGUUAAAAAAUGUUGGUGUUAUUUUUAGAGGUGGGCAACAUUUUCAUAAGUAAGGACAGACAAUAAACCAACAGUUGCCAUAAUUUUAAAGACACAAUAUGUAAUAUUGAUACUUCCUCAAUAAAACAUUAUUUUUAUUAUUGUACUCUGUACGGUACAUACUGUUCAUUGACAUUUUCUUUCUAAAGAGCCAAAUAUAGCUUCAUGAGAUUGUAAUAAAACUCACUGCUGCUGA